CUUGCUCUGUGGGAUACCGCAGGACAGGAAGACUACGAACGACUGCGCCCAUUAGCAUACUCAAAGGCACAUGUCCUCCUAAUCGCAUUCUCAGUCGAUACCCCUGAUUCUCUGGAGAACGUCAAGCACAAGUGGAUUGAGGAGGCAAAUGAGCGUUGCCCAGACGUCCCUAUCAUACUUGUCGGACUGAAGAAGGAUCUCCGUGAAGAUCCUCUUGCUAUUGAGGAAAUGAGAAAAAAGUCACAACGCUUCGUUUCUCCAAGAGACGGCAGUGAGGCCGCCGCUGAGAUUGGAGCUAGAAAAUACCUUGAAUGUUCUUCUCUCACUGGUGAGGGUGUAGAUGACGUGUUCGAAGCUGCCACACGCGCCGCACUUUUGACGUUCGGAAAGACCAGAGGCCCAUGCUGUGUAAUCUUAUAA